CUACUACUGCCGCAAACCAGGCUGGUUCGGCGAUAACGACAGGUAAACAGUUUCCUUGACGACUGGGAAGCGGGCGAGUUAAAGUUUGUUUUCCCGGAGAUUUCACCAGAAAUUGGAUUUGAAAUCCAAGAUGGCGGACGAAGAAAGUUCGGUUCCGGCCGAGGAGAAGAUAGAGGCGACCCAGACGGCUGGGCCCGAGGGCGCCGAGACCGAGGCUCCUCCAGCCGACGCCGAGGGACAGCCCGAGCCCGAGGCCCCCGAGACAGGAGACCGGGGACCUACAGAGGCGGCAGAAGGAGCUGAAAAAACAGAAGAGAAGACUGAGGAAGAUAAACCAGAGGCUGAACCGACAGAAACCGAGGGAACAAAAGAGGCACCGACAGUAGAAGCAGCCCAGGAAGAAGGAGCGACAGAAGAAGAGAAACCACAGAGCCCAGCGGGCAGCAAGCCUGCAAGUCAGGCCGGAUCUGCUAGGGGGAGCAAACCUCCCACCCCGACUGGCAGCAAACCUGGGACUCCACAGGGCAGCAAACCUGGAACACCUAAGGGGAGCAAGCCCCCCACCCCCAGGGGCAGCAAACCCCCCACCCCCACGGGAAGCCAACAGGGUACCCCACGGGCUGGGAGUAGGGAGGGUAGUGCACCAGGCAGUCGUCAAGGCAGUGCGGGGAAGGAACGGACGGCAAGUGCAGGGAAAGAGCGGCCAACCAGUGCAGGAAAAGAAAGACCCUCCAGCGGCAAGGACCGACCUCCAAGCGCUGGUAAAGACAGACCUGGUUCUGGCACAGCGAGGCCCUCUAGUGGGAGGAGCAGGAAGUCCAGCGCAGCCUCACAGAAGAGUGCUCGGGCUGGGAGUGCUGGGAAGCCUCCCAGUGGAAAGGCCAGCCCUGUUGUCCCCGGCGACCAGAGCGUGGCAGAUACCAAACCCCCCACCGUAGGGGGGAGACACACUCCAGUCUCUCGCAAGUCUGAAGCUUCGGAAGAGCCCAUCCCCAUCGACGCAUUGAACAUGGUCUGGUCGUUUGGUCUGAACAAGCGAGUUCCAGCCAUCAACAUGACAGACGAUCAGCGCAGACUGGUCCUGUACACGUGUGCGCACACUGCGGUGCUGUAUGACUACAGCAACAACACACAGAAACUACUGCAGGGGCAUUGUAACGUGAUCUCCAGUACCUGUGUGAGUGAGGACAGACGUUGGAUCGCCACAGCAGACAGUGGACAGAACAGCAUGGUCAUCGUGUGGGACUCCUACUCAUGUAUCCCCGUGCAGACCCUGUUUGACCCCCAUGUGGGGGGCGUGACUACCAUGGCGAUGACCCCUGAUGCAAAGUUCCUGGUCACUGUUAGCGCCGCCGAAACCCAGACUGUCGCAAUCUGGGACUGGACCACGGAGUCGGACGGGCCGAUCUGCCAGGCCGAGCUGGACCCGGCGUACGGACACCAGAACUACGUCCUGUUCAACCCUGAGGAUCCCACCGAGCUGGUCAGCAACUCCGAGUCACAGGUCAUCUUCUACUCAUGGAAGGGAGGAAAGCUGGAGUACUAUGCACCUGAACUGGACGACAGUACGUUUAACCGUGCGGUCGGACAGUACAGUCAGUCCAUCUUCCAGUUUGACCUCGGCACGCGCGCCUUCACCGCUACCAGCGUGGGAAACAUCGUGGUCUGGGAUAGCAAGAGGCCCAGCUCUGAAGCCCCUGCUAACAGCAACGAUGCCACUAAGAAGGCCCUGAAGCUGGUCAGACUACAGGAUCGAGCCAUCACAGUCCUCACUACAACCGAUAGCUACAUCGUGACGGGUGAUGUCAUGGGUCACGUGAAGUUCUACGACGAUCAGCUGACGAUGAUUAACUGGUACAGCGACUUUGACCUUGGGCCGGUCAACGCGCUCUCCUUCAUGUACAUGCCAGAAUUCAUCACCGACGUGGUGGAGAGUAGCGGGUUCCCCCCUGACGCCACCAUCGCUGCCAGCAAGUUUGUUGUGAAGGACUUCAUCGUUGGCACGGCAACCGCUGUCAUGGGGCACGUCAAGGCGGACGGAACCAUUCUGGAUGUGAUCCUGUUGGAGCAUGAUGCAGCCGUCCAUGCCAUCUGCACACACCCCACAGAACCCAGGCUGUGCAUGGGCAGUUACUCUGGACUGCUGAAGAUCUGGGACUACGAGCGGAAGGAGGUUCUCGUGUCCCGGCAGUUCGAGCGAGGAAACAUGAUACGCUGCCUGGCCUUUGACCCCACAGGCCUGAUACUAGCGGCCGGGUUCAUGGAUGGCAGCGUGCGCGUGCUGGACGCUCUAACGCUGGACGAUGAGGUCAGCGAGCCGUUCCGGUACGCACGAGACUCCGUCACUCACUGCUGCUUCUCCCACGACUCCAACUUCCUGGCCACCGCCGAUGCGGAUUUCACGGUGUCCGUGUUCCGGACGGGGAGGGGUCAAGAGGAGGAAGCCUGGGUCUACCUCGGUCGCCACCGUGCCCACUACAAGCUCAUCGAAUCCCUCAUGUUCGGCAUGGAGCUGGACACCAACCAACCCAGGCUGCUGUCCCUGGGCAGGGACAGGGUCAUGGUGGAGUAUGACCUUGUGAACAGCGGGAAGGACGACCUUCGGCUGUUGAGUCAGGACCGUAUCGAGCAGUCGGCCGUUCCGUCCUGCAUGGCGUGGUACCCGCCCGUCACCAAGGAGAGCUUCAUCGUCACCGCCAACAGCCAGUUCAAGCUGAAGCUGUACAACACCACCACCAAGAUGUGCCGCAAGACUCUGCUGGGACCGACCUACGGGGCUCCCGUGCAGAAGGUUGCUGUGCUCCCCACCACCGGCUCUCCCAUUGAGUACAGACACCUGGCCUACAUCACCACUGACAAGGUUGGCUUGCACAUCCUGCCAGCGGACGGGAACCCGCACAAGGCCAUGGCGCUGAUCGCUCACCCGACGGGCGUGGCGAACCUGGCGUGCUCGUACGACGGGAAGUACGUCUUCACAGCUGGCGGAGAGGACUGCACCGCGCACAUGUGGAGCGUCAGUCUCAAGUCCCUAGACGCGGCGUGCAGUCUCGGAGGGGAGAACCUGAUCCCGUUCUACGGUCUCCUGGACGGCGGGCGGGAGGGCGAGUUCUUCCGCGAACUCGAGGACUACUUCUACUAUGCACAAAUCAGGAGCCAAGGUGUGGAUGCAACGAUAGACCGCGAGGUGUCGACCACCAUCCCGCUGUCGGAGGUCCCGUACGUCAUGAGGGCGCUCGGCUUCUACCCAACAGAGCAAGAGAUUGACGACAUGCUGAAUGAAGUGAAGUUCAGUAAAUACGUGGAGACGGGACAGUACGUCACUCACAUCGACCUGGGAGACUUCAUCAGAUUGUACAUCAACCACCGCCCUGCAUUCGGCCUGUCACCGCUGGAUCUGCAAAAAGCUUUUGAAAUUCUGGGAAUGGACACAGAGGAUGGACCUGCCAUCGACAGGGGCAGCCUUUUGGAUCUGCUGCAGAGCAAAGGUGAGCACAUGACGGAGGCGGAGCUGGCAGAGUUCCUCACCACGCUGGUCGGGAUGAACCCGGAAGGCGGCAGCUCGGAGCUCGGGCCGUACGACAGCGAGCAGGGCACCAACAUGCUCGAGGACGCCCUCCCCAGGGACUUCACCGCCGUGUCGUUCGCGGCCGACGUUCUCGGGUUUCAGCUCUACGCACCAUCGACGGCACGUCCGGCUACAGCGAGUGCGGCGAGCAGCACUGCAGAGGACCUCUGAACAUUCCACGACCCUGAUCCCCAACCUUUAACCCCUGACUCUCAACCCUUAAUGCCUAACCC